AUGUCCCUGGACACGUUUGACCCGAAUCAGGCGCAGAACCUCCCUGAGAUCGAGAAGCAGAUUGCCGUGCGCUGCGUGGAACACGCGCAGACCUACUGGAACCUGCUGGAGAAGGUCCGCGGCUCGGCGCUGCGGCUGACGAAGCUCGACGAUGAGAUCAUGGCAGACUUUGACGAGACGUUCCCUGAGCUGUCUCAAAACGACGAGGCGAUCCGCAAGAUUGACGAGGACGCCAUGAAGAGUGCCGCCGGCAAGGAAAAGUGGCGCAACUUUAUCAACAAGUAUGAGAAGAAAGUCGCCGACUUCAACUUUGGCACCCUGAUCCGCACGGAUGCGUCGGACGAGUACACGCAGUCGAACACGAUCUUCCGUGCGUAG